AUGCACGCCACCGGCCACACGGACCGCUCGGGCGGCGGCGGCGGCGGCGGCUCCUGGCGCCUCCCGCCCGACGAGACGCUGCAGGUCGCCGACCCCAAAUCUGCCAAGGAAGAGGAUCUUUACCCAGGAGAUGGUCACAACUGGAGAAGCAUCGUAUUUUCAUUGAUGGUUAUCAGUUUUGUGAUAGCUGGUAUAGUUACAGCCAUUUAUUUACUGGGAUAUGUGGACGAAUUACUCUACUGGUCAGGACGUCGCAUGCGACUCGACGAGUUCUUACGCGGCGAUCUGACAGGCGAGAGAUUGCCCACAACUUGGGUCAGCUCCCACCAGCUUGUCUACCAAGCGGACGACGGUGGACUACUUGCACUAGACACCUUCAACAACAGCCUUACUGUGCUUGUUACAAACCACACUCUCAGGCAGCUCAAUGUACGCGGAUACCAGUGCUCCCCAAACCUGCGCUUUGUGCUGUUCCAACACAAUAUCAAAGAGGUUUAUCGGCGGACCUUUACAGCACAUUACACCGUUUAUGACGUCACAAAUGACCACCACAUCCCCCUAUUCGGUGAAGGUCAGAGCAGUUGGGAAUGGCAGCAUGCAGCGUGGCUCGGCACAGAAGGCGCAUUACUCCUCGCUGCAGAUAACGAGGUCCUCGCCAGACCGGCCCCACCGGCUCGACGGGCUCCUUUACUUCGUCUCACAAAAGAUGCUAGUCCUGGUCGAAUUUAUAAUGGAGUAUCGGAUUGGUUGUAUCAAGAGGAGGUGACAAAAACAUCUUCAGCGACUUGGGGAUCACCAGAUGGCUCAUUCGUAAUGUAUGUUCAGUAUGACGAUAGUAAAGUGUCUGAACUAAGGUUCCCACACAUAUCCGAAGGAAUAGGCGGUGUGGGUGCCAGCAGGUCGGGCUUCCUACUUCCAACUUUAAACAGCAGCAUUCCAUCGGUUUUCCCUGAUCAUGUUACUAUUAGAUAUCCCACGCCUGGAAGCUCUAUACCUCAAGUGAGAUUGUGGAUAGUAGCAGUUCAAAAUGUAACGUCACCCCCAAGAUGGGAAGUUAAGCCUCCUAGCACUUUAGAUGGAAUGGAAUAUUAUCUCAUAUCAGCCCAAUGGGUGGGCAAAGAAAAUUCUCAUAUAGGAGUAGUUUGGAUGAAUCGAGCGCAAAACUAUACUGUAUAUAGCAGUUGCUAUGCACCAAACUGGACUUGUACUGAGACGCAUUCUGAAAAAGCUACUGAAGAACCGUGGCUCGAAGUCCAUGAACGGCCCGUGUAUUCAGAAGAUGGUAGUGCAUUUCUUCUUCUAGCUGCAGUACAAGAAGGCGGGGGGCAAUACUACACUCAUAUAAAACAUGUCGAUGUUUUGCGUCAACGUAUAGCCGUUUUAUCACACGGUAAAGUGGAGGUAGCGAAAAUCCUGGCGUGGGACCAGGAGAAUCAUUUAGUGUAUUAUUUAGGUUUUGACUACGCAAAGUUUCACUCACAUAAACAGCAACCUGAUAUGGCCACCGAAGCUAAUCGAAUUAAUGCAGACCGACCGGGCCAAAGACAUGUGUAUGUGGUCCGUGACCCUAGCUACGGUGGUGGAAGCAACUCCGUGAGGGCACGUGCGGAACGGGAAGAACCGCGUUGCCUUACUUGUGAACUGGCAGUUUGGCCGGCUCGUUUACAUUAUGCAAAUUGCACUUUCUGGAGUGCUACUUUCUCCCCAGCUAAGCCUAAGCUGGGAAUAACACAUUACGUCCUGGAGUGUGGAGGCCCUGGUCCACCACUUGCUGGACUUCACGAUGCCAGGACUCAUAAGUUAGAGAGAAUUUUAUACGAUACGAGGCCUUAUAGAUCAGUUCGAUUACGUGAGUUGGCAUUGCCUUCUCGAAGAUCAUUUGAUGUUCAAUUAAGCAGUGGCUCAAAAGCUCGAGUCCAACUCCUACUACCGCCUUCUUGGCGGGAGGAACUCCGUGAUGCUGCUUUUCCUGUUCUCGUUCAUGUGGAUGGACGACCCGGAAGUCAGCAAGUAACAGACGAGUUCUUAGUAGACUGGGGAACUUAUAUGUCCUCACGUAACGACGUAGUUUACGUAAAAUUAGACGUAGCAGGUGCUCGGGGUCUGCCUCGAGCAAUGCUACGCGGCCGCCUUGGAGGUGUCGAGGUGGCUGAUCAAUUGGCUGUUAUUAGAUAUUUAUUAGACACAUUUAAAUUUUUGGAUGUAACACGUGUAGCUGUUUGGGGAUGGGGAUAUGGUGGUUACGUGACAGCAAUGUUAUUAGGUUCACAGCAAUCAACUCUAAAAUGCGGUAUAGCCGUGUCGCCUAUAACAGACUGGUUAUAUUACAAUGUGGCGUUCACGGAGCGUAUUUUAGGCCAGCCAUCUGUUAAUUAUAAGGGUUACGUAGAAGCCGAUGCUUCACAGAGAGCACACCACGUUCCAAGACACGCGCUGUAUCUAAUCCACGGUAUGGCGGAUAUGAGUGCACCCUAUCCGCAUGCUCUACAAUUAGCUCGUGCUCUGACUGAUGCUGGAGUACUCUUUCGAUAUCAGGCAUAUGCUGAUGAAGGCCACGAUUUGAAAGGCGUUAUUGAGCACGUAUACCGAUCUAUGGAAGAUUAUCUCCGAGAGUGCCUCUCUCUUGACCCUGAAGACACCAAGCUGCCUCCGCCAGAUAGA